GCUUCUCUCCAGUCAUUCGGCCUCGCACCUUGCACCGGGUUCCGGCCCCGCGGGGUCCCGGCUCCCGACCCCAGCGGGUGUCUUUGGGCCGGCCUGGCCUGGCCACGCGCAGCUCCCGUUGGGUGUCAGGAGUCCCUGCCCCUACCCCGGCGGCUUGCCCUUCACGGCCGUCCCUCGCCACCCCAUGGAGUCCCAAUGCGACUACUCGAUGUACUUCCCGGCUGUGCCGCUGCCACCGCGCGCGGAGCUGGCUGGGGACCCAGGCCGGUACCGGGCGCUGCCCCGGCGCAAUCAUCUCUAUCUGGGGGAGACUGUCCGCUUCCUGUUGGUGCUGCGCUGCCGGGGCGGCGCAGGCUCCAGCGCCGGGGGUGGCCCGGGCUUGGGCUCUCGAGGGGCCUGGGCAGAACUGGCAACCGCCCUGGCGGCCCUGGCCUCAGUCAGUGCCGGAGGCGGGGCCCCCGGGGGUGGUGGCUCCUGCGACCAGGAUCCUGAACCCCCAGGGGGCGGGGAUCCUGGCGGUGGGGGGUUGUUUCGAGGCUGCAGCCCCCUUCUCACCCACGGCCUGGGUCCUGCUACCUCAGGGGGACCGACCACGCUGCCUGUGGAGGAACCAAUUGUGUCCACAGAUGAGGUCAUCUUCCCACUCACUGUUUCACUGGAUAGACUGCCCCCAGGGACACCUAAGGCCAAGAUUGUAGUGACUGUGUGGAAGCGGGAAGUUGAGGCACCAGAGGUCAGAGAUCAAGGCUACCUGCGCUUGCUGCAGACCCGAUUUCCUGGAGACACCUUCCGGGGCGAGCAGAGUGCUUUCAAAGCUCAAGUGAGUACCCUGCUGACUCUGCUGCCCCCUCCAGUUCUGAAAUGCCGCCAGUUCACUGUGGCUGGAAAACACUUGACAGUUCUCAAGGUGCUGAACAGCUCCUCCCAGGAGGAAAUUUCCAUUUGGGAUAUCCGCAUUCUCCCAAACUUCAAUGCCAGUUAUCUACCUGUCAUGCCUGAUGGCUCUGUGCUGCUGGUGGACAAUGUCUGUCACCAAUCUGGGGAGGUCUCCAUGGGCUCCUUUUGUCGGCUCCCUGGUACCUCUGGCUGCUUCCCUUGCCCGCUCAGUGCCCUGGAGGAACACAACUUCCUGUUUCAGCUGAGAGGGGAUGAGCAGCCACCUCCAGGGGCCAAGGAGGGCCUAGAAGUUCCCCUGAUUGCUGUGGUUCAGUGGUCCACCCCAAAGCUGCCCUUCACCCAGAGCAUCUACACCCACUACCGUCUGCCCAGCAUCCGCCUGGACCGCCCGUGCUUUGUGAUGACUGCUUCUUGUGAGUCUCCAGUGCAGACCUAUGAGCGUUUCACUGUCACCUACACACUGCUGAACAAUCUCCAAGACUUCCUUGCUGUGAGGCUCGUGUGGACCCCAGAGCACGCACAGGCUGGAAAGCAGCUGUGUGAGGAGGAGCGCCGGGCCAUGCAGGCUGCCCUAGACUCCAUUGUCUGCCACACGCCCCUCAACAACCUUGGCUUUUCCCGGAAGGGCAGUGCACUCACCUUUAGUGUGGCCUUCCAGGCUCUAAGGACAGGGCUCUUUGAGCUGAGCCAGCAUAUGAAACUGAAGCUGCAGUUCACUGCCAGUGUGUCCCACCCUCCACCUGAGGCCCGGCCCCUCUCUCGAAAAAGCAGUCCUAGUAGCCCAGCUGUCCGGGACUUGGUGGAGAGGCACCAGGCCAGCCUGGGCCGCUCUCAGUCCUUCUCCCACCAACAGCCCUCUCGCAGCCACCUCAUGAGGUCGGGCAGUGUGAUGGAGCGCAGGGCCAUCACACCCCCCGUGGCCUCCCCUGUUGGCCGCCCCCUCUACUUGCCCCCAGAAAAGGCUGUGCUUUCUCUGGACAAGAUUGCCAAGCGCGAGUGCAAGGUCCUGGUGGUGGAGCCUGUCAAGUAGCACUGUGCUGGCUCUCUUACACUCCCAGGAAUCAAAUGCCUCCACAGGGGUCCUUGUUCUAGGCUGUGCCCCCCUAGGGAUGCCUCCUGCUAUGGGGGAGGAGGCCCUCCAGGGCGCCUGUCCGUGUCUGCUGAUGAGAGAAGAAGCUGUGAACUGGGUGGGCAUGGCUGCAGCACUAAACCAAUAGUAUUUCCCUGACUUCCUGGGGGGGCUGGCCCCACCCCUGGAUCAGGGCAAGGGUUCCAAGAGCUCCCUUGUUCCCUGCCUUGUACCCUGGCUCUAAGUUUACAAAGUGUUUUCUCAUUCCUAUUAAGUUGUCUUUCCUGCCUUUGACAUUCCCUCCCACCCACCCACCCACCCCAGGGCUGAGAUUAGAGGGUGGUGAUGGUAAAGGGACCCAGACAAUGACCCUCCUGUGUCAGAGGGGAGAGGAGAUAGCUAGGUGGCCUCCUCCUGCCCCUCUUGUUUACGUUUGCAGCCUGAAGCACUUUAAGUUGUAUGGGGUUUUUUGUCUUUGUUUUUUUUUUGGUCUGUCCCUGUAACUUAUUCUCCAACUACUGCUUCCACAGAAAUGAGACUAUUAAAUGCCUGUUCAGGAGGGAGAAGAAUGACUGUUUUUUGUGUGUG